AUGACCAAGAACACCGACGUCCCCGCCGGCUCCGGCACUGCCCUCGAGAAGGCGACUCGCUGGUUCGACGCCCUCCAGAACGCUCUCGACGGCAACGACACUGCCCGCGCCUCGCAGCUCUUCUGCAAGGAGUCGUAUUGGCGUGACCUCAUUGCGUUCUCGUGGAACCUGACGACGGUCGAGGGCCCCGAGGGCGUCAAGGACCUGCUCGAUAAUACCCUCCCGCAGGCCGGCCCGACCAAGUGGAAGGCGACCGAGGCCGACGAGGCCGAUGGUGUCGUCACCGCCUGGUUCGAGUUCGAGACCAAGUACGGCCGCGGCUGGGGCAUCAACCGCCUCAAGGAGGAGGACGGACAGCUUAAGUCGUGGACGCUCAUCACGUCCAUGACCGAGCUCAAGGGCCACGAGGAGCCCAAGGGCACCCGCCGCCCGAUGGGUGCCGAGCACGGCGCCAACAAGCACCGCGUCACCUGGAAGGAGAAGAAGGAGCUGGAGGAGAAGAACCUCGAGUCGGGUGAGGAGUCGCCGUACGUCCUCGUCCUCGGUGGUGGCCAGGGUGGUAUCGCCCUCGGCGCCCGUCUGCGCCAGCUCGGCGUCCCCUCGGUCGUCAUUGACCGCUCCUCGCGCCCCGGAGACCAGUGGCGUGGCCGCUACAAGUCGCUCUGUCUCCACGACCCCGUUUGGUACGACCACCUCCCCUACAUCAAGUUCCCGGACAACUGGCCCCAGUUCACGCCCAAGGACAAGAUUGCCGACUGGCUCGAGUUCUACACCAAGGUCAUGGAGGUCCCGUACUGGAGCAACACGACCGCGCACAAGGCGACGUACGACCCCAAGGAGAAGCGCUGGGAGGUCCGCGUCACCAAGGACGGCGAGGACCUCGUCCUCCGCCCGACCCAGCUCGUCCUCGCCACCGGCAUGUCGGGCAAGGCCAAGAUCCCCACCUUCCCCGGCCAGGAUGUCUUCAAGGGCGAGCAGCAGCACUCGUCGCAGCACCCCGGCCCCGACGCCUACCGGGGGAAGAAGGUUGUCGUUGUUGGCUCGAACAACUCGGCCUUCGACAUUUGCGGUGCUCUCUGGGAGCACGACGCCGACGUCACCAUGGUCCAGCGCUCUUCUACGCUGAUCGUCAAGUCCGACUCGCUCAUGGACAUUGCCCUCGGCGAUCUUUACUCUGAGCGCGCCCUCGCCAACGGUAUCACCACCGAGAAGGCCGACCUCAUCUUCGCCUCGCUUCCCUACCGCAUCAUCCACGAGUUCCAGAUCCCUACCUACCAGAAGAUCCAGGAGAAGGACAAGGCGUUCUACGACAAGCUCGCCUCGGCCGGCUUCGACACGGACAUGGGUGACGACGGCUCGGGACUCUUCGUCAAGUACCUCCGCCGUGCCUCUGGAUACUACAUCGACGUCGGUGCCGCCGACCUCGUCGCCGACGGCUCGGUCAAGCUCGCCAAGGGCGAGGUCUCGCACCUGGACGAGGACGGUGUCGUCCUUGCCUCUGGCCAGAAGCUCCCGGCCGACCUCGUCGUCUACGCUACCGGCUACGGAAGCAUGAACCAGUGGGCCGCCGAGCUCAUCGACCAGGAGACCGCCGACAAGGUCGGCAAGGUCUGGGGCCUCGGCUCCAACACCACCCUCGACCCCGGACCCUGGGAGGGCGAGCAGCGCAACAUGUGGAAGCCGACGCAGCAGGAGAACCUGUGGUUCCACGGCGGUAACCUCCACCAGUCCCGCCACUACUCGCUCUACCUCGCCCUCCAGCUCAAGGCCCGCUACGAGGGCCUCGACACCCCCGUCUACCGCCUCCAGGAGUCGUACCACAAGAAGUAA